AUGGUUGUAACCCGUAAUCAUAAAACUCACGCAGCCAAACAGCCAUUGAAAAAGUCACAGCGAAAUUAUGAACAACAAAAAUAUUGGAAUGAUCGUUAUGCUGCUAAAUUGAUAGGAGAAACUAUCGACGACGACGUUGAUGAUGAUGGUGAUCAUACUGACGAAUGGUAUUUUUCAUAUUCCGAUAUUUCAGAUGUGUUACAAUCACAUUUAAAAAAACAUCAUCGUCAUUCUCCUGUACUUGAUAUUGGAUGUGGUUUAUCAAAAAUAUUCAAUGAACUUUUAAAGGAUCAUUUUCUUGGGCCAUUCGUUGGUAUUGAUUAUGCUCCAGUUGUUAUCAAACAAUGUAAAAAAGCGAACCGAAAUGAUAAUAUUCAUUAUUUAAUACUAAAUAUGUUGCAAAAACGAAAACCCGAUUUAUCAUUUAAUUCAUUCGGUUUAAUAAUUGAUAAAGGAACGACAGAUGGAAUCCUGAAUAAUGAAGCAAAUCUACUUGGUAUUUCAACUAUGUAUGAACAUGCAUCAAGUUUUCUUUCUUCAAAUGGUAUUUUUCUUAUUAUUACAAUCAAAACUGUUGAUGAUACCGAAUGGUUUGAAGGCUGUCUCAUACCUUCUCUUAUCCGUGGUAGUCAAAAUCAGCAAACAAAAUUUAUUAUUCACUUUCAUGAAUGUGCGACAUACACAGAUGGAACUGAAAAUGGUCCAAAUAUUUUUGUAAUUGUCAAACAUGAUUGUAAAUCCUAUUCGUUACGCUCAUCAACAAAUCAAUCGAAACAAGACAUAUCUCAAAUAGUAACUGUUAAAUGUUAUUAG